AUGGGCAUGACGAAACAAAGCGAUGAUACUGCCUUUGGCUGUCUGCAAGCUACUGUCCUGGAGCCGCGUGCAGAGCGCACUUGGCACAGUCUGUACGAAGCUCUGGUGGAGCCUGUCCUGGCUGCUCUCAAAGCCGGCUCGGAUCGAGGUUCACUAGCUGUGUUGAACGCAGCAGUAGCAUUUAAAGCCUUAUCCUCCCCCGCAGCUCCGGCUCUUGUACCCCCGCUCACGCUCUUCAUUUUUAUCUUCUCCACAGCCCAUCCAGCGCAACCGCCUGCUCUAUCGGCAGCCAGACCACUCGAUCGCCACCCAGCCAGGCGUGGCAGACUACAGACGCUCGCAGACAACCCGAGCAGCUCCGCAGCCAGGCAAGCACACAAGGUACCGGUACCGCAGGUGCCGAGGACGCCGAGGACGCCCAGAACACCAAACUCGGCCAAGCCUGGCCACUCCCGGGCAAAAUCGACGCAGACACGGGACGUGGAUGAGACAGCAAAGUAUGGCAGCCACCGGAUGCGUGCGCACAGACGGCGCACUGAUGGCAGCACAAUUGAUAGUGAGACAAGCCCGAUUCAGCGGCCACGGACGGCACAUGGACCAGCAUCGCCAGAGUUCUCAACAUAUAGUCAGUACCCGGACUUUGAGACUGUGACAAAUCCGUUCGCCAAGAGCGAUAAGAUCCCGCGCAAGCGAGUUCCCGCCAGGCCAGCAGUGCCACAGAUGCAGCAGCAGGGACAGCAAGAUGUGGAUUCGACAAUUAAUGCAAGCAGCACUGUUGCGAGCGUGCCCGAGCGGCUGGCUGUCAAGCUCCAGGAUGUCGGUGCUUCCAAGUCGCUAAGGGUGAGGAAGGAUUCGCAGGAAAAUGUACCGGCACCGCUGCGCAGGCACGAUCUGAUUCCUCGACACUCUGAGCACCCGGGGCUGUUUGCUCAUAUGAAGCCAGUGCAGCAGCCAGAAGUCGAGCCCGAAAAGACCAAUGUUUUAUCGGCGACCGUGAUGCCAGGGAAGCCAUUGGUACGGACAGACUCUCUACAGAGCUCAAAGUCUAAUGGCUCACGCGCUACAGCUAAGUCGGCUUCCACAGGCGGACGCCAGAAGCCACGGCGAACCUCGCAUAGCACUGGCGCAGUGCGGGAUCUAGGAACUAGUGGCCAAGCAUCGCUGGCGCAUUCACAGCAACCAGGAAGGCCAUUCAGCGGACACGACCUAGGUUCACGUAUCCGGAUCGAUAUGGACAAGGUCGAGGGACUUUACCAGCGUCAGAGCCAGAUAUUCGAGAAGGAAAAGGCACAGCGUGAUGGCUCCUCGUCGGUCAGUGCCGGUGCCGGUAAGCCAAGCAGCAGAGCAGGCGUCAGGGAGCCGCUUCAGCCGCAGCACCCUCCAUCGCCGAUUAGUGACACCAGUAGUCCAUCAACAGUGCAUGAGUCGCAGCAGGCGAUGGGCCAGGAUGAUAUCCGCGAUGAGCGGAUUCCGUUCCAGGAUGUGCUGAUUCCAAUGGUGUUCAAGAAGCUAUGCAAGGACCUGGAGGAUCCCGGGUUCGAGAUUGACGAGGAAGCGUACCGCAAGUUCAAGCUGUCAGAGCGCUGGUAUGCACGCGAAGAGCGCAAACUACGCAAGAAUCUUGGCGAGGCAAAUAGCGGCGCCUCUAUUGUGCAGACACCGCCAUCUGUCUCGCCUGAGCCUGAGAAGCAGCUGCAAAAUGUACCUGAGGCUGUGUCUGAUGAGGAGGGGGCGGAGGAACAGCGGCCCUCUUUCGAAGCAGUAGCUCCAGCAGCACUACCACCAAGGCAGAAGCAGCAGCAGCAGCUAUUCCCAGGGCGCAGGCGCACACCUAGCUUGCAGCACAGUGUCGCGGGUGACAUCCAGGCAGUCAUGCCGAGCGCACCCCCAAUGGCUCACCAUCCAGCACAAGGCAGGGGCAUCCCCCGGGGCUACGAGUCACCCAACAUGCCACCAAGAGUGUCGUCUGCUACAGCUGCGGCACAUGCGUACCGAUCGCCUCCUGCAGGCAGCACUAAAUUGAUGCAUGCUGGUGCCAGGCAAGACCCAGAGCAAAUGUCCAGCAGGUUUAAUCAGCUCGAGGUUCACGAUCCACAGUCAUACCCUCAGCGUACCCGCAGCUACUAUAGCCAUCAGCAGCAGCAGCAAACUGUCAGAGAGGAAAGGGCUAGCAAGACCGCCGGCUGCUGCGGAUGCAACAUUAUGUAA